AUGGCUUCUUUUGCGCGCUCGUCCUUGCUGAGGCAGACUCUCGCUCCCCGGCCCUUCCUCCAGAAGAAUGUCGGUGUGUCGCAGGUUGUGGCUUUCCACGCCUCGGCUAAGAAGCAGAUCCUGCCCCCAUUGCCUCAGUCCGUUGAGGGAACCCUGAACGACCCUGCUCCCAUCCCCGAGACUCACCCCUCCGAGGGCAGCUACCACUGGACUUUCGAGAGAGCCGUCUGUGUCGGCCUCGUCCCUCUCACCAUCGCUCCCUUCGCCGCCGGCUCUCUUCACCCUGUCAUGGACGCCAUCCUGUGCUCUCUGAUCGUCGCCCACUCCCACAUCGGAUUCCAGGCCGCCAUUGUUGACUACUUCCCUCCCAAGCGUGUCCCCAAGUUCCGCUCCCUCUGCAACUGGCUCCUGCGCGCCUUCACCCUCACCACCGCCGUUGGUCUGUACGAGUUCGAGACAAACGACGUCGGUGUCACCGAGGCUCUGCGCCGCAUCUGGACUGCAUAG